CGCAGAGCAUCCUUGUUUUAUCAAGAAACGCAGGCAACGCAACGAAAUCGUGUGAUAAGUUAUCGAGCAUACUUUCGAUAAGGAUCGUACCUCGUUCAUUAAAGUGUCCCUCGCCAGACGCGGUUGUUUACCGUGUGGUCCGGGCAGCACCACAAGGGUCAACACGGAGUUUUUGCGGAGUCUUUAGCAAAUUUGCGGCGAUAAAAGUUAGAUUCAUCUUAAAUAGAAAGUGUCCUGUUGGAGUCCCUCGGUCGGGAACAAAUUGGGAAGCGCACCGAAACCGGUUGCAGACAGUGGGGCGACGGGUGCAACGUAACAACUUUCCGACCUUCCAGCAGUUCCAGCCAACACGCAACAAAGCGUGAUGUGGUAAAUUUUCGUUCUCCACGAAAGUGCACUCCACCUUUGAACCUUCGAUUUCGGGCCCUGACCCAACGACCGACCGCAACCAUGUCUGCCGUGGUUCUAGAGCUACAGAACCUCUAUCAGCGUUACGUGAAAUGGGUAUCGACCAAUCCGGGCAGCUUGGCCGAUGUUGAGCUGACGGCCAAGUGGCUCUCGUAUUUUAUCGCUGGCAAGAUCAACAACUCUUCCGCCGUCUCGGAGCUGGUCUACUCGCUAUCGAACUUGCUAGUGUUCGCCAACGAUCGAAUCAUCGAACGGGCGCACCGGACCGUGGCCGACGAUUCGCAGGAACCCAUCGAACGUCGGCUCAAAGUACUGCUCACAACGCUCGAAUACUGCGAGGUUUUUAUCGAGCUAUCGGCCCACAAGAUCUGGGGCACCAGAGGAAAAUGGUUCAUCGUCUGCGUUAUCCAAGUGAUAAAGUGCUUAGGACGAUUAGUGUUAACUAGCUGCUAUUCCAGUACGAAGAUCGUAACGAAUCCACCGAUUCCGGCCCUAAAUCGGAAAACCGUAUCGCAACAGUCUUCUGCCGGGAAUGAAUCGUUCAACGCCAAUCUUAGGAACGGAGCCAUCGUCCUGAAGCGCUCUGGCCGCGUGAUGCGAAAGGUCGAGUGUUCUCCUUCGCUAGCGUCGCGCUCCUGGAAACCACCGCUGAGCGAAAACGACAUAACUCCGGGCUUCAACACACAGUACGGUGGCAAACGGCUCAUGUCGGCGGAAUUGGUGUACAUUUUGAAGCCUCUGAUUCACCUCGGCUGCAUGCAUCGGUACGGGACGAAGAGCUGGAAAGCGUACCUUGUGGCACUGGCACUGGAUGGUAUCAGUCUGCGCAAGUACUACAACAACCGGCAGGCUCUGUCGAAGGAUCAGCGUGUCGAGCUAUCGCGACGGUGUGUGUCGCUGCUACUGUACCUGCUUCGAUCUCCGUUCUACGAUCGGUACACGCAUGACAAGAUCGCCUGUCUGCUCAACGGGAUCGGCAACAAUGUACCGCUGACCGGCAGCAUCGCACGGUUAAUACUCUCGUACAUUCCACACUGGCAGGAGACGUACUUCUACAUGUGGUCCUCCUAGGGAUGCCGCUCGGUGCCCGGGCCGUAUAGCUGUAAGAUGGUGUGCGGACAUAACGUGAUUGCUUGUUAUCGGUUAGUGCAGUGGGAGCCUUCUGGGGACUGCUACGGGGACAUUAUGCUUCUAUUGAAUAAUAAACGUUGUUUACCAAUUGA